CUAGAGAAGUUCCUGAUUGCUAACUUUAUUUGCAGAUAUAAGUAGGGGACUUUGCUGAAAGUCAUUGGCGUUCAUUGCCUUCCUGUAAAGAUUAACACAAUGACCUCGGCCAAUGAAAGUAGGGACAAUGAAUGUUAAAAAUAGAACCUGGAGAGACUUGAAUUUCCGUUGGAGGAGUGGAAGUUAGCUGUUUUAAAAGUGGCCAUUACAUGUAGAAAAUAUUUUUGACAGAAAAAAUGUCCACCAGGGGCAGCGUAAUCGUGGUGGGGGCCGGAAUGGCCGGGCUGUCGGCAGCAGAGCACCUUGUCCAGUCUGGCUUCACGGAUGUACAGAUUCUGGAGGCCAGCGACCGGAUUGGUGGAAGGAUCAACACGCAGAAAUUUGGUGAACACAAUGAAAAACCCGCUUUGAUUGAACUAGGAGCCAAUUUCAUCCAUGGCAGCAAAGGAAACGCCGUCUUUAGCCUAGCAAAGAAAAACAAUUUGUUGAACCCUUAUGUUGACUCAGAGAGUGUGGAGGGAUAUGCCUACACGGAGGAUGGAAGAAAAAUAAGCAGCUCUCUGACUGACACAGUUUGGAGGAUAUAUGAGAAAGAAGAAAUGGGAUUGGAGGAUAUUGUACCCGAGGAUAUAGACGACGGCACGGAUCUGGCUAGUCACAUGACCUCUGCGUUAAGGAAAAGACUGAAAGACUUUCCAGAAAGCCAACAUUCGGACAUUAAAGCAUUAUUUAAUCUCGUGUUGAAUUUCCUUGCCUUAGAUGCGGGAGAUGAUUUAGAAAAGAUGCCUGUAAGAUAUGCUGGUCACUACAGAGAGAUAGAUGGUGGGAAUAUUAUAUUGCCAAAGGGUUAUAGAAGUGUUCUUGACGUCAUUAUGCAGAAAUUGCAACAAAAUACUGUACUUUUCAAUACUGCAGUUGAAUGCAUUCAUUAUGGAAGUACCCAAUCAAACCUUGUCACAAUCACUUGUAAAACACCAGCUGGAAAACAGACAUUUAAAGCUAACCAUGUCCUGGUCACGUGUUCUUUGGGAGUUCUGAAAUCUUGUCACUCAAAGAUGUUUGUGCCGCCGCUGCCACCGACCAAAAUUGAGUCCAUAAAAGCGAUGGGGUAUGGAACGGUGAAUAAGAUAUUCUUACAGUGGAAAACACCGUUUUGGAAACCUGGGAAAGGUGUCGUGGAGUUUGCCUGGAAAACAACUAAUGCAAGAAACAGAGCAAAUGCAUGGUAUCGAAGUCUGUAUGGUUUUGAGGAAGUUCUUAACAACGAGAACACAUUACUGGGCUGGAUUCACGGGGAAGCGGCGGAGCAUGUAGAGAGUCUGACGGACCAGGAAGUCAUAGCGCAAUGUAUGGAACUGAUCCGACAAUUCUUAGGCAAUCCUAAUAUACCCGAACCUGUCGCAAUCAUUAGAUCCGCCUGGAAAUCCAAUAAAUUUACGCGCGGAUCCUACAGUUAUCUUUCGCACUCAUCAUCCAAUGCUGACAUCGAGUGUCUGGCAGAACCCCUGUGUGUGAAUGGGGCACCUGUUGUGUUGUUUGCUGGGGAAGCGACACACCCUCAAUUCUACUCAACAGCACAUGGUGCAAUGGAAUCGGGAAUUAGAGAAGCUAAAUGUCUUGUGAAUUAUUACCAACAAAAAUUAAAAUAAUCGAUAUUAAUAAUGAAUGAACUGUAUUAAUUAUAGUAGAAAGUGAAAACAACCACGUGAUUAUGCAAAGUCAUAUGGCAAAGUGGUUUCUGUCGGAUGCCCAAAAAUGACUCUAAAUCAAUAAUGAAAGUGAAUGAUUAUGCACGUGGGGUGAAUUAUUCAGAGUUAGGGAUAUUUCAGUUUUGUACUAGAUAAGUAUGAUGGUCACAAUUAAGAUACAUGUAGCCAU